AUGGCGACUCAUUACUUCGGCAACAUCGAUGGACUCACGUCCCCCGGCGCGGAUCCUACUGUAACCCCCGGGACCGGGACCGAAGGAAGCGCGUCAAAAAGAACCAAUGCCCUGACCACAAAGAUCGCGAGCGUCCUGUCCUCAUCCUACGGCGACUACGAAAUCCGCGAUGCGCUACGUCUUCUCGAUGAUCGAGGCGCGCAGAACAACGAGGAGGCGAGGAGGACGCUCAAGGCCAACGCGCAGAAAGAGGUGAUAGAUUGCAAUUCGAAGAUUGUGGAUGAUUUUGGCCAGGUUGCAGAGCAACUCAAGCGCGUAGGUGCCAUGAUCGCGACGCUCAACGAAACAUGCGCCUCGAUGCGCGAGCACAUUGUCGCCGCAAAACAAGAAUCCGACCCCAUGCUCGAGGAAGCCAGUACGCUCCUUUCGCGCAAACAAGAGACCGAGACGAAACAGCAGCUCCUCGACGCCUUCACGACCCAUUUCCUCGUCUCCCCAGGCGACUUGAAUGUGCUGACCAACUCGGCGGAGCCGCUGGACGAGCGGUUCUUCACGGUGUUGGCGCGCGUCAAGCAGAUCCACCGCGACUGCGAAGUGCUACUGGGCUACGAGAACCAGCGGCUGGGGCUUGAGCUGAUGGAGCAGACGGCGCGACAUCUCGACGCCGGGUUCAAGAAGCUAUAUCACUGGAUCCAGCGCGAGUUCAAGGGCCUGGAUCUCGAAGACCCGCAUAUCUCGGGCUCGAUCCGGCGAGCACUGAGGGUGUUGAGUGAACGGCCAACACUGUUUCAGAAUUGUCUCGACUUCUUUGCCGAGGCCAGGCAGAGCACUCUGGCGGAAGCGUUCCAGGCGGCGCUGACGGGCUCGGCCGGGGCGGCGAACUCGAUUUCGGCAAAGGCCAUUGAAUUCUCGACGCACGAGCCGCUACGUUAUGUCGGCGACAUGCUGGCUUGGGUGCACUCGGCCACCGUGUCCGAGAAGGAAGCGUUGGAAGGUCUCUUCGUGUCUGACGCCGAUGAGAUCUCCAAGGGCUUGUCCGCCGGCCGGGCGAGCGAGCCUUGGGCACGUAUCACCAACAAAGAACCCGUCUUCGACGGCCGCAAGGCUCUGUCCGAUCUCAUCUCGCGCAACCUCGCGGCCGUCUGCGAGACGCUGCAGUCCCGCAUCGACGUCGCCGUCCGCAGCACCGGCGACCCCGUGGUGGCGUUCAAGACGUUCAACCUGCUCGACUUCUACCGCGACAUCUUCGGCAAACUCGUCGGCGCCAACUCGUCGCUGACAAGGACGAUCCAGACCCUGCAGUCGUCGACGCUGGCUCACUUCGAGGCCGUGAUGGAGGACGAGACCGUCGCCGCCACCGCGGACAACUCGCCGGCCAUGGAUCUCAGUCCGCCCGUGUUCCUCGCGACAGCCCUGACGCAGUUCUCCGAGGUCGCUCGUGCGCGAGGCCCGCAGAUGAGCGAGCCCGAGCUGGAACGUCUCUUUGCUGCCAUGCUCGGCGGGAUCCUGAAUGCGUGUGCCGAAGCCGCUGUGCAGAUCCCAGACAUCCGUCGCAGCACCAUCUACCGGGCCAACUACAUGGGAGCACUACGCGUGACUCUGGCUGCGGUUUGCAGCCAAGUCCCCGUGGCGCAGGUUCCUCUGGACAAAGCCACGUCGGAGAUCCGGUCCCUGCGUGAUCAGCUGGUGGAGUAUUUGAGCGCUACGUUCCUCGAGGAUUCGGGGGUCAGAGACUUGAUGCAGGAAAUCGAUGCGCGGCACGCCCAAGAUGCUCAAGCCCGUCAGGACUGGCUGGUCCAGAAUCUCGAUGCCGCCGCCCAGCGUCUGGAUGACUUCCUGUCUUCGGCGCUUAUGGACGCCCAGGAGAAUCUUAAGAAUCUUCUCGAUCGGACGCUUGCCAAAGACGUGGUGUCUGAGGCCGUCGAGCGGUUCUGUGCCGAGUUUGACGAGCUCGAGAGUAUGCUUCAGAUGAUGGAUGCACAGGAUCUGGGACGACCAGGCGGUCUGGGCAUCGACACCGCCGAGGUGAAUGGGCAAGCUGCUUCUUUGAGGGAGCUGUAUCCCCGAACAGGCGCCGAGGUCAGAGCCUUGCUGAGUUGA